AGCCUCCUCUUCCCCGUCCACGCCUGAGCCAAGCCUUCCACGCACUACCGCCUCCGCACCCUGAGUUCACGAGAUCGCAAACAAAGAUCACCAGCACCACCCACGCCCAACAAACGAAUCGGCCAUGAUGAUGAUGGGAGAGGGAGCGCAUGCGCCGCCGUGGCAGCAGGGCCCGGCUAGCGGCGGCGUGGAGGGGGACGAGGGGUCGCCGUACAGCCUUCUGGCGGCUCUGCGGCAUUACCUGCCGUCGAACGAGGCGGCGGGGUUCGAGGAGGACGACGAGGAGGCUGCUGCGGUGGCAGUGGACGCGUACGCGUGCGAUGAGUUCCGGAUGUACGAGUUCAAGGUGCGGAGGUGCGCGCGCGGCCGGAGCCACGACUGGACGGAAUGCCCGUUUGCGCACCCGGGGGAGAAGGCGCGCCGGCGGGACCCGAGGCGGUACCACUACUCCGGCGCUGCGUGCCCGGACUUCCGUAAGGGCGGGUGUAAGCGCGGGGACUCCUGCGAGUUCGCACAUGGGGUGUUCGAGUGCUGGCUCCACCCGGCGCGCUACCGCACGCAGCCCUGCAAGGACGGCACCGCGUGCCGCCGCCGCGUCUGCUUCUUCGCGCACACGCCGGACCAGCUCCGCGUGCUUCCGCCUCAGCAGCAGUCCCCCAGCCCCAGGGGCGCGUCCGCGUCGUCGCCGCUCGCCGAGUCCUACGACGGCUCGCCGCUCCGCCGCCAGGCGUUCGAGAGCUAUCUCACUAAGAGCAUGAUAUCUUCGUCCCCUACCAGCACGCUUGUCUCGCCGCCCAGGUCGCCGCCGUCCGAGUCGCCUCCAAUGUCGCCGGACGCCGCCGGCGCGCUUCGCCGCGGCUCUUGGACGGGCGUCGGCUCGCCCGUCAGCGACGUUCUCGCCUCCCUCCGUCAGCUCCGCCUCAGCGGUUCGCCGAGGUCGGCCCCGUCUGGCGCUUCCUUCCUGGCCGGCUACCCCUCCGGCUCCUACGGGUCGACCAAAUCCAACGGGUUCUACAGCCUCCCGUCCACCCCGACCAGACCCUCCCCGGUGACGGUGACCACCGCCUCCGGCACCACCAUCAUGACCGUGGAGCGGCUCAACCUUGGGCUUCUGGAGGAGGUGGAGCCACUCAUGGAGAGGGUGGAGUCCGGGAGAGCCCUCCGCGAGAAGGUGUUCGAGCGGCUCAGCAAAGAAGCCACCGUACCCAACGACACAGCCGCGGCCGCCACCGCGGAAAGCACGGGCCCAGCCACCGCCCCCGACGUCGGCUGGGUCUCCGACCUCAUCAACUGAGCAACCCAAGAAGCCGACGGGAUCCAUGGCUCCUCUUGAGUAGCGUCCAUGGGAAGGGAAGGAGCAGGGUGGAUUUGCUAUGGGUGGCAUGGCAGAUUGGCAGUGGAGGGGGAAGGACAUGCCACCAACAAAACUAGGUACAAAGAAAUGGAUCAAGAAGAUAUGGCAGGCCAAACAUUGUGUGUACAUGUACAUAGUAUGUGUUUAUGUAUUUGGGUGUGUGUGUAUGGAGUUAGAGCAUGCAUAGAGCAUGGGAGGCGAUGAUCAUGUUGGUGAUCAAAGACUGAAGAAGGUGGUCGGAUUCUGCACCGCCGGCAUCUACGGCGACUCCGCCGGCCGGCCGUCAGCCUCCAAUUUCGGCGAUUCCAGGAGAACGUCCUUAGUCGAUGUUUAUUUGGCGUCUCAUUUUUCCCUUGUUCAUUUUGUUACUACCUUAAGAUCACGACUUAUUGCUCUGUAUUUUAUUUUGGUCGAUGUAUUUGCUUAUUGAUCUGCUGCUUAUGAAGCAUAUGUACCCUGUACUAUUUUCGCUGCCAAGGAAUUAAAACCGCCUUUGUAUGAUGAA